UUUAUAUUUUAGUAUAAUAAAAGUGGAGUAUAUUUUGUAUUAAGUAAGUAUUAAAUUAGUACUAUAAUUUGGAAAAUUGUGUUAUAAUUGUUGAUAAAACACUUUCAGUUUCUUUAAUUAAUGUUGCAAUUAGAUUUUUACUUUGCUGAAAAUUACAGUCUGUAAAAAAUUUAAAGCUCAUGAUAGAUUUUCUAACAAGUAUGUCGUUCAAAACGACUUUUCACUUAAUUUUUUUUUUUAGAUAAUUUUUGUAAAAAGCGUCCGCUCAUUAAAACAUCAUUUUUGCGUGACGUAUAUUAAUCGAUGUAAUUCUUGUAAAUCUUUAUCAAUCCUUGAUAUGUUCGGGCUAUAUUGAUAUUUUCACGUACAUGUAAAAUCGAUAUCGUAGGGUCUGCACCCUUUGCCUUCAGCUAGUCUUCUAUAUAUCUAUAUCAUUUUCAAAAUCACCUACGUAUUCGACGACCUUGAACUACUUUGUUCCCUGCACUCAUCCUUAAUCUAAACUCCUGAUUUUCGCGUGUCGAAAAGAACUUUCCAGGGGUAAGAACUAUUGUACUUUUGCUGUGAAAUUGAAUAUUAUCACUUAUAAAAUUGAUAAUUAAUUGUUGAUUUUCCUUUUUUCAUUUCAGGAUAAGCACAAAUUUAUGAUAUGUUAACACGCUCGGAAUAAUAUUUCGAGCUACGUGCAUGAGCGACUCCGCUGGAGACAAAAAAUAUCAGCCACAUAUGUUGCAUCUGCGCGUAAUGUGCAUUUUUCCCCAGAAAUCAGCUGAUACGUUAACCUGCGCUCAGUGCAUUCGCUGCAGUGUCAGAGUCGUAGUCGAGCGCUGAAGGUAAACAUGAAUGUAACAUAGAGACGUGUCAAAGUUAAAGUGGAUCAUAUAGCGAUCAAAAUAAACAGAUUCGAAAACGUGAGAUGCAGCUGAAUUCGAUUGAAGAAAAUCGCAUUUGAAAGGCAUAAAGCGAAGAUAUUCAAGGUGGUGAAGAUUGUUGGCCCUAAUGAAAAAAUAUCAACCUCAGAAUCAUGGCAGAAGUAGAUCAGCACAAUAGUCAUAUCAUUAGAAAUUUUCCAAUGUCUUUCAAAUUGCCUUUUACAAGCUGCCUUACACCUCAAGAUGUUAAUAUCAAAGAUCUAGAGGGCAAUAGUCCUCUGCACUUUGCAGUAGUUUCCACAGACAAAAGCAUUGUUGAGAUACUUCUUAAUGCUGGAGCAGUUAUCAAUGAUGCUCGACUGGACGGUUUUACUCCCCUUCAUAUGGCUGUGCAAUCUGGAAAGGAAAAUAAUGUCAAGCUGCUGCUGGAUUGUGGUGCAAGAGUAGAUUCUAAGGAUUUAUUUGGUAAGACACCACUGCAUUUAGCUGCUUGUGUUAAUUAUAGAGAUGAAAGGAAAAUGCUGAGAAUUGCUAAACUACUUUUGGACACUGGGCCUGAUUCAAAGGCUUUGCUGAAUGAAUGCACAGAUUCUGGAGAAACUGCCCUGCACUAUGCCAUCAUGAAUGGUAGCAGAGAAUUAUUAACUCUAUUUUUACAAUAUGGAGCUAACGUUAACGCAAAAAAUCGUGAUGGCAAGUGCCCUCUUUUCUUUGCCAUAGAAUUCGAAAACACAAAAAUUGCCAAAUUGCUGCUGAAGCACGAAGCCACUAUAGUUAAUAGUAAAACUAAUCACGGCAUAACGCCGCUGCACGAAGCAAUAACACAACGAGCCGAAAAAAAUGUACAAUUAUUAUUAGACUAUGGAGCCGAUGUCAAUGCCAAAGAUAUUUACGGAAAUACACCUUUGCAUAUCGCAGCCAGAUUAAAUUAUCUGGAUGAAAGAACAAUGGAUCGAAUUGUAAAACUUUUAGUCGACAAAGGCGCUGACGUGAACGACGACACUAUGGCAGGUGAAACAGCUUUUCACUUUGCAAUAAUCAACGGAAACGAAAAAUUGGUACGAUUGUUUCUCAAGUACGGAGCCAAUGUAAAUAAAAAGAAUCACGACGGAAAAAGUUCCUUACACUUUGCCAUACAAUACAGCAAUAAGAACAUUGUCAAGUUGUUAUUGGAUCGAGGGGCCCGCAUCGACGAUCGUACGAACGAUGGAAAAUUGUCCCUGCAUGUCGCAGUCGCAGUCGAGGAUGAGAACAUGAUCAAAGUUUUACUAGAAUAUAACGCGGACGUUAAUGCGAUCGACAGAAGCGGCAAAACGCCAUUGUCGCUGGCGUUCGAAGUCGCCUACAUGAGAAGCAUCUACAAUCCGUGGAACGGGUUCUGUCCCAUACACACUGAUAUCGGUUGUGACGAUAAUAUAUUCGAAUUACUCAUCAAACACAUUGCCAAAAUGCCGAAAAUCAGCGAGGAAAACCUGCGCAUGAUAAACAACGAUGAAAAAUUGAGCGUAUUCUUCAGGAACUGUCUGAAGGAGCUGUCGAGAAUGAAGCCUAAUAUCUGUGAUAACAUAUCGCUUUUCAAAGUACUUACGAAAAGUAUGGACAUUAUUGUAGGAUAUACCAAAAAUCAGGAUCUGUUAAGAUUACUACAUUCCAAUGUUUUUGCAAACGAAUUCCCAAUCUACUAUUCCAUGUUGAAAGAAAGAUUCCACAAGGCGGAGAGUCGGAGACGUUUGAUCGAGCCCUCACUGGUAGUCUUCAGUUGGCUGGUGAGACCUUACGUUUUACCGGAUAUAGUGACAAGCCAAAUCUUCAGUUAUUUGACAUCCGAAGAUUUAGUGAAUUUGAAAAUGACUUGAAGAAGUUUGAAGUGAUAAAGUUUACCAAAAAAAAAAAUAAUUGAAGCGUGUGUGAAUCAAUUAGUCACUCACGAGAGGAUUUAAAAAAAAAUUAGUUGUACUCACGGAUAUAUUAUUCGUUACCCUUGGCACACUUGUUCUCCGAUUUCGUUUGAUAAUAAUUGUUCUUGUUUGUUGAUAAUGUUCGGAUAAUUGUUAAUGUAUACAAGUAUGCAUACAUAUCUUAACUCUUACAUUAAAAACAAAGAAAAAACAAAUUCAAAAAAGAAAGACUUGAUGAAUAUAUUUUUGCAAAGGU